AUGUCUGCCUCCACAUCGACCCCGGCGGCAGGCGCUCGGCUCGUCAUCACCAACCAGGAAUCAGCUGAGCAGGAGGCGAUUCACAAAAAUGGAGAGAACAAACAGCUGCAUUCGGUCAUCAAGAAUGUGCCGUUCAUCAUCGAUCUCUCCUUGGAGGGCGACUUCGACAGGAGGGUCAUCAAUUUCAACAAUUGCACCCUCGAGGCCACCCUCAUGAAAAAGCCGGUCCACUACGUCUCACGUCGGCCGGUCGAGUACAACUGCACCGUCGACAAGACAUCGGCGGGCGACAAGGUCCGGGUCGAGUGCGUUCUCAACGUGCUCUCGUCCCAGCACGAGGGCGCCUACUUCCGCCUGCGCUUCUCGGCCGCCUCGCUCGCUCAACACGUGCUCUCCGAUCCGAUCAGAGUCGUCUCCAAGCCUCUCCAACUGAAGAAGGUCAAGGAACAGAGGAAGGCUGCCGCCGCCGCCGCUGCCGCCUCCGUCGAGGGCAAGACCACAGCUGCCAGCAAGAAGCGCCCGCUCAGCGACUGCAACUCCUCCAUCCAGGACACGCUCGCGCGCAUCGAGGCCCAGCAGCAGGCUCAGCAGACCCUCAUCUCGAGCCUCUUCCAGACCGUCAUGACGCAGCUUCCUCUCACGCCCGCUGCGGCGUCUUCGGCCCCCAACACGCCGGUCUCCUCGCCCUACUACUGCGCCGGCAACCCUGCGACGCCUUCGUCUUCGGCCUCGCCCGCGGCCAUCUUCGCACAGCCCGCCACCCCGCCGGCCAAGAGACGCCGCCUCGACAACCCCGCCGCGCAACAAGCACCUGCUGCUGCAGCGACCUCCGAGCUGCAGGCAACCUUCGAGGGCCAUCUUCGCGGCCUGAUCGACUCGUUCCACGCCAUCACCCCGAGCCGUCGCGCGCAGGCCGUGCACUCAUCCGUCAUGGGUGCCUCUGCCACGCAGGUGGAGAAGCUCUCAGGCCUCGUCGACGUACUCUGCGCCGAGGGCCUCGGUCGCACCGCCCACAUCAGCCUCGGCGGUGGCUCGAGCGUGCCCUCGAGGUCGAGCCAGCUGCCCUACCACCCUACCUGGCAGCUGUCCAGCGCGAGCUCGCCCCUCGUCUCCGCCGGUGCCGACGCGAGCGACGACGACGACGACGCAGCGACCGAAACGUGGCUCAGCACGGAGACCUCGCCAACGAGCACGUCCCCCAUGUCUCCGGGAGAAGGCCAGUUCUCGUUCAACUCCAUCGAUGUCCUCUUCGACCCCGCGUCGGCUGAACUCCCAAAGCCGGCGGCCGUAGUCGGCGACUUCGACGACGACGAGCUCUACACCGAGCUCUUCUCCAGCCAGGGCUGGCUACUCGACCAAGGUGAGGCCAGUUCUUCCUUCUAA